GGCGGCGGCGGCGGCGGCGAGUCAACAUGGAGCUCUCGGCGGUGGGGGAGCGGGUGUUCGCGGCCGAGGCCCUGCUCAAGCGGCGCAUCCGGAAAGGACGCAUGGAAUACCUCGUGAAAUGGAAGGGCUGGUCUCAAAAGUACAGCACCUGGGAACCUGAGGAAAAUAUUCUGGAUGCCCGCCUGCUGGCUGCCUUUGAAGAAAGGGAACGAGAGAUGGAGCUCUAUGGGCCCAAGAAGCGAGGCCCCAAACCCAAAACCUUCCUCCUCAAGGCACAGGCUAAAGCCAAAGCCAAGGCUUAUGAGUUUAGGAGUGACUCUGCCCGAGGCAUCCGGAUCCCCUACCCCGGACGCUCGCCCCAGGACCUGGCCUCCACCUCCCGGGCCCGGGAGGGUCUCCGAAACAUGGGCCUGAGCCCCCCCGGGAGCAGCAGUAGCAGCACCUGCCGGGCUGAGCCGCCCCGGGACCGUGAGCGGGAAAGGGAGCGGGAACGGGAACAUGUCACUAGCCGUGCAGAGGACAAGCCCAGCUCCCCGGGUGACAGUUCCAAGAAACGUGGCCCCAAGUCCCGGAAAGAGCUCCAGGACCCCUCGCAGAGGCCUUUGGGAGAAGCUGUGGACAGUCUUGGGGAUCACCUGAAAGGCCGCAAGCUGGAGGACACCCCUUCCUCAGGUGCCGGGAAAUUCCCUGCAGGCCACAGCGUGAUCCAGCUGGCCAGGAGGCAGGACUCGGACCUGGGCCCCUGUGGGGUGGCCAGCCCAGGUCCCCCAGAAACGGCGGGCAGGCUGCCCGGGGACACCUUCCCGGCCAGGGUCAUAAAGCACAGGCCCGCCUUCCUGGAGGCCAAAGGCCAGGGGAAUCUGGACUCCGGUGGGCCCCGGGUCCGGCAUGGCUCUGGUACCCCUGCAUCUGUCGGGGGCCUGUAUCGGGACAUGUCUGCCCAAGGGGGAAGACCCUCCCUCAUCGCCAGGAUCCCGGUGGCCAGAAUCCUGGGGGACCCAGAGGAGGAGACCUGGAGCCCGUCCCUGACCAACCUGGAGAAGGUGGUGGUCACCGAUGUCACGUCAAACUUUCUGACCGUCACCAUUAAGGAGAGUAACACGGACCAGGGCUUUUUUAAGGAAAAGAGAUGAGGCGCUUGGGUGGGUGAGCGGGAGAGCUAACGGAGGCACGGUUUCAUUUCUGGGGGUUCCAUUGCCACUGGACGCCGGAAUUCCAUGCCCCCGACCCCGUCCUUUAUUCCUCCACCACCCCACCCCACCCAGUUUUGGUUGGAAAGAUUAUCUCUAGAGUUAUAUUUUCUAUUAGAUGUAAAUAUGUUAUUUAAGACAAAUAUCUAAAUAUAUAUAUUUCAACUCU